AAGGCCACCAGCCCGGUCAUCCCGUCUGCAAUAUAAACGUCUGCUGAAUCUGAACAAAAGUUUCAGUGACUCGCUUACAGUUUUACCACAGAAAUGGCUCGGAUUAACACAAAUUUAUCAACAAUUAGUUUAUUAAUCAUAGCAAUUGUUGUUUUAUUUAGUGACUAUACAAAUUCAAAACCAAUUCAAAUUUUAAAUAAUAAACCGGGUUACAUUGCAGUGUACAUAAGACACGGAAACGAACCAUUGCAGAAUAUAAAUCCUGCAUUGGCUGAAGCUUUUCAUGAAGAAAUUGUUGAGAACGGAGUGAUACCGAUCGAAGAACAUGAGGAUUCGAUUAUUAAAAAACUGAGUGGUGACAGUAAAUUAAAAAAUUUGACAGAUUCAACCGACGAUAAAGAUUUCUUUAUACCUCAAACUCGUCCCUAUGUGGUACAGCAAAGUUCAUAAAAAUAAAAAAAAGAGUUCACGAAGAAGAAGGAAGACAGUGACGUGGCUCUGAACAAUCCCGAGGACGGCCUUGAGAUUUGAAAUGAUCUUUAUUAUUUCUUUUAAUGAUGUUACGAAAUUAUUAUUAUCAUUAUUGCUACACCCAACCAAGAGAAUUGUUUUUUUAUAUACAAGGUAAAAAACGAAAUAAAUGUUCAUUUGGUAAAAUAA